GGGGACCCCUACCAUUCAACUUGAAGAUUUGGCCUUUUGGUAGCACUCAAUUCCCAAAAAUGACAAAACAUCAUCUUCUGCUCCCAAUUAUUGAUUACUACUAAACUAAUCACUCAUUGCAGAAUAUGGUACUAAACAAUGCAAUUAAAUGAAAACGGAUCCCCAUUAUUCAAAAACCAAGAAAAGAUUCUCUCUCCCACGAACCCAAAAUCUGUGUAGUAAUAAUCAAACUAAUUCGUGAAGAUAAAAAUAAAAAUAAAGGUGCAAGAUUUCGCCACCCAUAAUUAUGGUUUGCGUGGAUCUCAGGUCACUCAUUAAAACCCAAUCUACAAUGCCGGUGACCCUUAACUGAAAAUCGUUCACCAGUCUCUCUCACUUUCUUGCUUUCUUCACAUACACAGAGGUGUGUGUGUUUCAAGAAUUGAUUCUGGGCAUCAUUUCUUGCCGUUUUUUGAUAGCUUCGAAAAAUGGUUUCUACGCAGCGCUGAGAAAGAUCGGAGGCCCUACAGUGUUGCAAGAUGUGAGUUUCACUUCCACAUGUCAAUUCUUGCAUUCGGCUAAGAAGUUUGACUCUUUCAAUCUCACAAAAUUGUAGCUCAGAAAUAUGCCUCAAGACAGCCUAAGAUCCGUUGUUUACCGAUCCUUCGUCACGUGUGACGACCCCAAAGGCGUGGCCGACUGUAAUAAGACGAUCAGAAAAUCCAAGAAAACCCAACAAAAAAUCAAGAAAACGUCACCACACGGCGAGGAGGAGUUGUGUUUUCAAGUGAUGGAGGUCUCCCGAGGCGCAGAGAGGCUCAACCAAGUGGCGGAUAGGCCUUCGUCGGAGCAUAUCGCCACCGACUUGUUGAGAGGCGCUCUGCAUCUGCGCCACUCUCUAGUCAUGCUCGGGAAAUUGCACAAGGCCUCCGACUUCAUCGCCACCAAGCAUAAGGAGAAGAGGCCUCUUGAUUUAGCAGUCAAUGGUGGUGGUGGUGAUGAUGAUAAACCCAGAGUCUCUGCAUCCAGAGAUUGCUAUGAUGAGCUGAGGGAAGUGAUAAGGGAGAGCUUCGCUAGGCAGAAUCUGUUGCCUAAAGAGAAACUAGUUUGUGAUGUUGACAGGAAGCACUCUGAGUUGUGUGUGGACUUGCCGUCUUCUAGCUCCAGCCAGGCCUCGUCAUCGUCGUUGCUCCUCUCCCGUUCCUCGGGGUGCUCGCCAUCCUACAGCGUUCGGCAUGAGAGGACCAAGCAGGGCUCCUCCAACUUGAUCGCCAAGCUCAUGGGGCUGGAGGAGGUGCCUUAUGCAGCUAGGGAGGAGGGGAUUCCAUUUAGGAGGAGCCCUUUGCUUGAUAUUGAUCUGCCCAGGCCUAACAAGCCUCAAUUCAUGGUGCAGAAGACAGUUAGAGAGAGGAGAACGUUGGAAGAGAUCAUUGAGACAAUGCAGUUUAAAGGGAUUUUGGGGAGAAAGUCUGUAGAUGGAUCUAAUGCAUUGUUCUUGAGGAAAGACUUGGCUGCUAAUAGCCCACCUAUUGUGAUCAUGAAGCCUCUUCAUGAUCACUGCAUCAAUGGAGGGGAGCACAUGAUCAAGAGUAAGCAAAUGCCAAGAAAGAUGAGGGAAGAAGAGCUUCCACCUACACCACAGUUGAAGGAUUCUGCAGCAGACCGAUCUUCAAAACAGAAGCUCGAUAGAAGCAAGGAAGGGAAAGUUCGAGUGAGGCCGCCAGUCAAGAAAGCAGCACUAGAUAGCCUGUCUACGACGAAGAUGAAACAACCAAAGCCUCCGCUUCCACAAAUGCAGAAGAAAGAAGCUCCUAGAAUAAGGAAACCUGCAGAUGCUAAGCCUCAAAUUAAGCCUAAUAAAACUCAAGACUUGGCCAAACUUGCCACAUUGAAGCAUACCAAGACUGUGAGAGGAAACAAUGUCUCUAAAACUCAGGUUGCAAGAGGAAAGGUUUCGGCCGUGGAUAAAGGCAUGAAACCAACGUCUCUUAGUCGAACUGUAACAAAGAAGAGUCAUCGCAGAGGUGAAUCCAACAGCAAGCCCUCAUCACCUCUAGUUGAAAAUGCACAAAGUAAAGGCAAUGCAAUCAGUAUUGAAACUAAGUCUUUGGUGAAGAAUACAGAACCAGAACAAACUACUGGGGAGGUGGCUAAAGCUUAUUAUAUGCCUGAUAAUUCAACGAAUGCAGCAAGUUCUCCUAGUGAUGCUUCGGGGCUAAUAACCAAGGAUGAUCCUGAUCACAUUGAAGACGACAGUUGCGUUCCAAGUGUUGAUUCAGAUGAGAUCAAAGGCUGCAAAAGCAUGAUGAACUCAAGAUAUUUACUCCUAAGCAGUGCUUCAUUUCUCAAUCAUAUAGAGGAGCUCUUCGACACAGGGACUCAUGACUCUACGGUCUUCCAAACAGAUAGCGAGUUGCUUCAUGAUUCACUUCUCCUCGACUGUGCAAAAGAGAUACUGGAGCGUAAGAGCCUGAGUAACAGGAGCACGAGAAAUCCGUGGUCACAAAACCUCUUGAGAAGGCCAAAAUACCAUCUAUCUAUGGAGCAGUUGGUAGAGGAGAUUUCUGAUACCAUUGAAGAUCUGCAAAACUACAGUAAAUAUUGUGGCGAUGUAGUUGUUGCAGACAGCAUAUACCCGAUGCUGGACAGAGACCUAAGGCGGAACGAGGAGGUGACGGGGGCUUGGGAUUCGGGUUGGAGGAAGGGAUAUGCAAUGGAAGCAGUUGAUGAAGUGAUGCAUGAUUUAGAAGAGCAAGUUUUGAGUGAAAUAGUAGCUGAUGUGAUUAUACAAAUUAUGCAAUAACUUUAUAGAGUUUUUUGGUCUUAAAUUUUUCAUCAGAUUAUAAUCUGUAUAUAUCCAGACACAACAUUUAGAUGUAGAGAGUUCUGUUGUACUAACUGCUUCAUUCAUUCUACAAUUGAUAACACACUUUGGUCA